AUAGGUAACAUUUAUUGAUAAAACUUGAUAGGAAAGCAGAAUUUUUCAGAAAACGAAUUUUGGGUAAAUUAUGAUAGAAAAAUGAUGAUCAGAUGACAGAAAAAAGUAAAAAAAUUGAAGCAUGGAUAGAUUUUUUAGAUUUUUUUUGGUAUUACAAAAGAGGAUGCUGGCGCUUGUUUGUUUCAGAGAAUCUAAUGAAAUAAAUUCCCUACGUAAAAAGUAAAUAGUGCUAUGAAAACAAUUCCGUUGGCACAAUUUUUUUAAAGUCGGAUUGGCGUUUUUGCCAUUUCCCCACACAUGAUGGAAUAGACAUGAUUCUGCGGUUUGCCGGAUGUCUUCUUCCCUUAACUACCAGGUCUUGAAACUAGCACCUAUAAGAAUAUGCGGUAGACAGCAAACCAAUAGAAUUUCUCCUCCAUGGAAAUUCGUUAUUUUCAUUCCAGUCAUAUGCUGUCUAUGAGUCAAAGGAACGUCUCGUCAUUUGCGGCUUUCAAGACCUUCCUGUUAUUGUUGUGCCUUUCAAACUUCCUUGCUUCGAAUGGGAAUACCAAAAGCUUCUUGUUUUUGGUUUGGGAAUGAUGUAAUAUUAGCUAUCAGUUGUAACAAACCUCAAGCAAGAAAAAUCAUCUGCCACUAAGUUUACAAUUUAUCUCGUUGACAGCGCGGUUUGUACUUUAUAGGGGCUGUGCCAUGAUAGGAACCUUUAGGACUUCGGCUUGUGAAAUCAUGGGCAUUUGAAAUGGAACAGAACAUCCUUCUCUGAAUCCUUGUGAUAUUCAAGCGAUAUUUAAGUUAUUUUGGCGAUAGUUUCAUUUUACUUAUCUUCCUUACUGCCGAAAUUGUUGGAAUACCUUCUCAAAAUCCUCACAGAUUUAAAAUGGCUUCCCUUUCCCCGUUGCAAUGUUGCUAAAUAUCAAACUGCACUUUAUUUGAACGUGUCCUACGUUAUCUCUGCCAAAGCAGCGAAGGUGGGCGGCAACCCAGAAAAAGUCCAAUAAACUUCUUGGGGAAUGAGGAGAUACUACAAAAUGCUUUCAGGGGCGAAUUUGAUAUCUUUGGCUAUCAUUGGUUGAUAAAAUAAACAACUUGUUUUAUUUCAAGGGCUUCUAUAUUUCUUUGUCUGUAGUCUAUAUCAUGCCUAUAUUUGUUAAACCAUCCUAACACAAUGCAUGUCAUGAGUUCAGGUCCUGGACCUUCUUUAAUAGGAAAACCAACGCAGAAACUGUUUGGAACAACGCCUCCUUUUUCAGGUUGGAAAGAAAAACAGAGGACUAUGGGUGCCUGCAUAUAUAACCUUGAUGUGGCAGCAUGGUUGGCAUUUUUCUUAGGAACAGUUAAUUUAGUACAAGCUCUGAUCGCAACGGUUGGAAAUCUCGCCGUAUUCGUCAUCUUCAUGAAGACCCCACGACUCCGCACGCGGUCAAACUAUUGCCUUAUGUCACUCGCUGCGACAGAUCUGUUGGUAGGGAUUGUACUGGAGCCUUUGCAUGUGGUACAGUUCUUUUCUUCCGAGCAUCGCAACAACUGCGGGCUCAACACCGUGCGUCGAUUUCUCUCUACCUUACUGAUGGGGGCUUCCAUCGGCUCCAUCGCAGUAAUCAGUUACGACCGCUACAUACACCUGUCACAGACCGUCAACUACAUCCAGUACAUGCCAAAGAAGAAAGUAGUACUCUUGCUGGUCCUGUGUUGGGUAGGCCCUUUGGUCAUCCCAGCCUUCCGCUUUGCAAGUGAAGUGGCAUACAAAGUCUUCGUUGUGCUGUACAUUAUCGGUGUGCUUGCCAUAAUGGUAACCUGCUACGUAUUCAUAAUCAAAAUUGUGAAAAAUCGCGGACGACUCCUUUCUAACUCGGCUGACAGCGGAAUACGGAAUACUGCUGACAUCAAAGCGCACAUGAGGGCAGCAAAGGCAGUCAUCCUCAUUAUAUCGUUCUUCGUCGUCACAUUUGCGCCGCUCGCAGUUUAUCAUCUUGUUACUGCCAUCGGUGGUCUCGUAACGACCAAACUGGUUAUGUCAGACGUGGAAAGAGAGGUUGGCUACGCAGUUCUCAUGACCCUCGGUAUGGCUAAUUCAGGUGUUAACCCUAUCAUUUACUACCUUCGUAUUCCCGAAUUCCGAUCAACCAUGAAGAGAUACAUUGGUUCUUUUAUGCCUAACUUUGUGACAGUGGAAACAAGCGAGACGAAAAGCGACACAAAGGAUUCCCGGAUAAUUGAAGACCAAUUAUUGGAGAGUUACCGAUCGAAAGCAAGGAUAAUGGCGAACUGCAUUUACAAUUUGAAUGUCGCACUUGAACUGCGAUACUUUCUUGGAUUCGUAAACCUUAUUCAAGGACUCGCAGCAGCCAUAGGCAACUUGCUUGUCUUUGUUGUUGUGUUCAAAAACAGGCGACUUAACACGCGCUCGAACGCCUUCCUACUCUCCCUUGCUGCCAGUGACUUGCUUGUUGGUUUCCUAGUCGAAACGAUGCACGUGGUGCAGUUCUUUUCGCAAGAUGCUCGAAACAACUGCAGUUUAAACAUGGUUCGUAGGUAUCUUUCUACUGUUUUUAUGGGCGCUGCUAUCGGGUCUAUAGCUCUUAUCAGUUAUGACAGAUGGAUACAUCUUAAAAGAACAGUUUGCUACAAUGAUUUCAUGACGAAAAAGAAAGUUGUUCUCUUGAUAUAUAUAUGCUGGUUCAUACCGAUUGUGGUGCCCUUUGUACGAUUUACAAGCGAGGUGGUGUACAGCACGAUAAUUUUGAUCUACGUUACGGCCGCCAUUUGCCUAGUAGCUACAUGUUACGUCAUCAUCAUCAGAAUUGUGAAGGCAAAGGAAACUGCAUUCCGUUCGAAUGUCGAAGCGUCGAUAUCGACGAGAAAGGAAGCGAAGAACCAUAUCAAAGCAGCGAAGGCGAUUGCGAUUGUUAUCACAUUCAUCUUGGUUACGUUUGUGCCAGUUUCACUUUACCAUGGAUUAACGGCGAUUAACGGUUUCUCAGAAGGAGCUAUUUCCAUGGCAGCAGAUACCAAAGAAACUGCUUAUGCUGUACUCAUGACAAUUGCACUAGCAAAUUCAGGGAUAAAUCCAAUUAUUUAUUACCUCAGAAUGCCCGAAUUCAAUAUGACCUUCAAGAGAAUUUUCGCUUGUUUCAGAAAAGAGGACACAAACUCUUCCGAUUACCGGAUAACAGAGACUUCAAAUUGAAAACAUUAAAACAUGAAACACUGAAAACAUUCUUUGGUCCCUGUCAUCUAUGGGUACCCCUUCGACCACUUUCCGUACCCCCUCGACCCCUUCAGAUAACUUUUUCUUUCAGAAAGCAUCUUGUAAAUCCGUUCUCUUAUUAAGCAAAUCUUGUAUCUUACCUACAACGUUGUUUGAGUCAAAUUUACUUUGAAAGCAUUCGAUGUCGCCUUUCAAAAUUUAAAUGUGCAUCCUUGGGAAAGAACUGUAUAAAGUUAAGAAAAAUCAGGACUUUGAACUCA